ACAACUCGAAACUCUCUUGCUCUCUCUUUCUUCUUCACCGCCGUUUCUCAAACUCCGGUAACCUGCAACACGACCUACGCCAAUGAAUCUAGGGUGAGCUGAUCUACAAAACCCAUAUGGCCAUACGACAGGAAGUUAGCUAGCGCGCCAUCACCAACGGUUUGCUGACCCCAACGGCUGCCGAUCGUGUUUACUUCCUCACGUCCCCCAUCUUCUGCAAAAGGGUUCCACCUUUCUUUACUCUAAAGUUUAUUGUAGAUGGUUGAACCAAUGUUGAAGGCUGCUAUUCAGAUAUCUACAUUGCUGGCUUGAUCUUUUUUCAUGGGAUUCUCUUUGACCCAAAAUUGCACGAGUUCGAGUUUUAGUUCCACAGAUUCCAAAUCAACAGAUGCGUUCCCUCCCGGUUUCCGGUUCCACCCUUCGGAACAGCAGCUCCUCUCCUACUAUCUCUCAAACAAGAAAGCCAACCCGGCCAUACCCGGCGGCUACAAUACGAUCAGAGAGCUGUCAGACUUACGAGGGCGCGACCCGUCCGAGUUACAGAACUGGAGUUGCUAUUCGUACGGUUACAAAGGGAGGAAGAGGCACUGGUACUUUUAUACGGCUGGGGUUUCGGCGGAGGAGAAGAAUACCAAGCAGGGAUGUUGGAAGAGGAAAGGUAAGGUUAGGGACGUGUUCAGCCGCCAAGGGGUUGUUUUGGGCACCAGGACUAGCUUUGUCUAUUACGACGGGUCGCCCGACACAGCCUCACCGACUGCUUGGGUACUCUAUCAGUAUGCUCUGGCUAAUCAUGUCGAGGGUUCUUUCGUUCUAUGCCGAAUAUUUUCAAGAUCAGAUAGUGAUUUCAAUUCCUGCGCUAAUAAUGAUGAACUACUCAUGCCCAAGCCUGAGACUGUUUCUACAACAAGUAAUGAACAGGCACGAGUUUCACAAUCGAGGCCAGCUGCUGCCGCUACUCCUAGUCCCAUCCAAGCAUCUGUUCCACCUUCGAGUUUACAACAGUUUUUCGAUUUAACAGGACCUUUGGUCAUACUGCCGUCAUGGCCUGCUCAAGGACCAAGGCCCAGAGGUGCUUCGAUGCCAUACUAUGGUGGUCCAAUGAUCAGGCAAGGCCAGCAGCCGCCAGUGCCACCACCCCAUAACAUAGCUCCUGGAGUUUAUCAUCUUCCACCUGGUGGCAACAUGCCAGAAUUACUAGCUCCACUUCCCGGUUACUUUCUACCGCAUGUUCCUCCUGUUCAGUCUUUGCCUACAGUUUUGACCACAGCCCUAGUGAAUGCCACAUCGGAAGAGAGAAGGAAUAUGCUUGGUGAGGAAUUGUUUCCUCUCGUUGAAAUGUGGGAGAAGGACAAGGCAGCUAAGGUGACAGGCAUGCUUCUGGAGAUGGACAAUCCUGAGAUAUUACAUUUGCUAGAGUCACCAGAGGCUUUACGGGCAAAAAUUGCAGAGGCCAUGGAUGUCUUAGCGAAGGUACGUGCCGAUGGGAAACAGUGAAACAUGUUCGACUCAUUCUUAAAAAACGAGGCAACAGUUACCAUUAAGUGGUACUCGUUUCGGCACUGUACGUUUUACACUUUACUAUACCGGAAAGCAAGACGUACAUUUCAACUGUAUCUUCCAUUAAGCAUCGAUCACCAUCAUCCGGUGACUCAGCUCGUUCUGCCACAU